AUGCUCACUACCUUCCGCAUCAUCCGGUUGUACGCCAAGAUAAAAGUGUUUGACAUUCUGCUGAGAUUCCGUACGAACUACGUCGCUUUAGUUGCUGAUAUUCAACAAGCUUUCUUGAAUAUUGAAAUCGCUGAGAAAGACCGUAAUUAUCUUCGUUUUUUGUGGAAAGAAAACCCUACCGAGAACGAUUCAAAGCUCAUUAUGUAUCGAUUUCUGCGUGUCGUGUUUGGGUUAACGUGCAGUCCGUUUUUACUCAAUGGGACAAUCCAACACCACUUGGAGACUUACGAAAUUAUCUGCCCCGAAAUUACUGAUGUUUUGAAGGAUGACUUGUACGUCGAUGACCUAACAACCGGUACCGAUACCGUAACUGAAGGCAAGAAACUUUACGAAAUUAGUAAACAAAUCAUGAAAGAAGGAGGGUUCAAUUUGCGAAAAUGGGCUACUAAUAACAAUGAAUUACAAACUUUUAUCGAUAAAAUUGAGAACGUGAAUUCUGAACCGAAUAGCGACAAAACUGUUAACCCCAAAGUAUUAGGGAUCGAGUGGGACAUCGACAGAGAUAUUCUAGUGUACCGAUUUGACGAGUUAUUGAAACGAGCGAAAGAACUGUUUCCAACAAAAAGAAACAUUUUACGUAUAUCUGCUUCAUUUUAUGACCCGUUGGGCCUGAUCGCACCAAUCACCACCAAAGUAAAGGUUCUUUUCCAGAAAUGUUGUCAACACAAGUCCGACUGGGAUGAUCCAUUGCAAGGGGAACUGCUUAAACAAUGGAGAGAUAUAUUGAACGAUUUUGCGAAUUUACAAACUUUUGAGAUACCACGUUAUUUAUUCUGUGAACCGCGUCAUGAAAUUCAAUCAAUUGAACUGCAUGGAUUUUGUGAUAGCUCGACGAUUGCCUACGCUGCUGUGAUUUAUGCAAAAAUACGAACUAACCUCGGCGUAAGUGUUUCGCUAGUGACUGCUAAAACGAAAGUUGCGCCCCUAAAGCCGCAUUCUGUUCCACGUUUAGAAUUGCUAGGAUGUGCUCUCUUAGCAAAGUUGAUGAGCCAUGUGCUUAAUGCGAUCAAUGGUAGAUUGAAAGUUGAUCGUUUUUUCGGUUGGUCAGAUUCGGAAGUUGCCCUUUGUUGGCUAAAAGGCAAAUUGAAGCAGUGGAAGCCAUGGGUAGAAAAUAGAGUUGUUUAUGUUCGAUCAGUCAUUCCAUCGGAAUCAUGGUUUCACGUUUCCACCAUUCAUAACCCCAGUGAUAUACCUACCAGACCAGACAAAAUUGGUGACUUCAAUUCAAAUUUGUGGUUAAACGGUCCUGAAUUUCUGUCUGAUUCCAGCUUUGUUCCACCUGAGUUUCAUGUCAACAAACAUUCAUUCGAUGUUUUGUCAGAAGAGAAGAAAAGUCAUGUCACUACUAACAUUAGUCAUUCCACUCAUCAUUGUCAUUCGCAAUUUGCGAAUAAAUUGUUAAAUCGAAUUCGAAAAAGAGACUUAUCAGUAUGCAACGAUCGUGAACUGUCGACUCAAGAAUACAAAAGUGCAUUUGAUAUUUUGAUUACAAACAAUCAACGAAAACUUCGAAACAACCAAAACUACUUCAACAAACUUUCGUCCGCCCUGAAGUUGUUUGAAGAUGAGAAAGGAGAUUUACGUGUUAAAGGACGUUUUGGUGAGAAUAAAAAGCUUUCAUAUGACGAAAGGUAUCCGUUGAUUCUUUCGAGUGAUUCACAUUUUACAAAACUUCUGGUUGAAGAUGCCCACGAAAAAACAUUUCAUCAAGGCGUAGAAGCGACACUCAAGAUGUUACGAAUGAAGUUUUGGAUUCCGAAAGGUAGACGCACAAUCAAAUCCAUUUUACGACAGUGCAUUGUUUGUCGACGAUACCAAGGCAAACCUAUUAAAUCACCACCGACUCCAGAUCUACCAGAAUACAGGUAUUGCGCUUCGAGAGCUUUUGAACACGUUGGGUUCGAUCAUGCUGGUCCACUCUACAUUCGUACCGAGAACCGAAACACGACAAAGGUAUACGUAUUAAUACUUACAUGUGCUACUACUAGAGCUGUGCACUUUGAGCUUUCACCCGAUUUAAAGACGCCAGCGUUCAUUAGAGCUUUCAAAAGAUUUCAAUCCAGAAGAGGAACGCCUGCUACGGUUGUGCAUGAUAACUUUAAAACGUUUAAAUCUAACCAUGUAAAAAGAUUUAUGAGACAUGAGUCUAUUGAAACUAACCCGAUUCUCCCCAAGAGUCCUUGGUGGGGAGGAUUUUAUGAAAGGAUCGUCAGAUCAAUGAAAACCGCCUUGCGUAAGACCAUUGGGAAGGCACUAUUGACUUUCGAAGAGCUCGAGACAGUUCUGUGCCAAGUUGAAGCAUCGAUUAACUCAAGACCACUUACAUAUCAGAGUGGGGACGAUCUUGGACAGACUAUCACACCUUUGCAUUUGAUUUACGGCUCGAACAUUGUUGGUGCUGAAUGUGUCCCAAUGAAUGAUACCGACCAGUGCUCGAAACGAUUACUUUAUGUACAACGAGUGCUUGACGAUCAGUGGCGACGAUUUUAUCGAACGUAUUUGAACGAAUUACGGCAACAUCACUUCUACAGAAAGGAUGGCAGAGAAACACCUGAUUUAAAGUUGAACGACGUCGUGGUGGUGAAAGAUAAUAACCAACUGCCAAGAAGUAGAUGGCCAUUGGGUAAAGUUACGGAACUGAUCUAUGGAAAGGACGGAUUUAUUCGUGGUGCGAAGAUUCGGGUUAACACCAAGAAAGGACUUGUUUCUAUGAUAACGCGUCCUAUUCAAAAACUGAUUCCACUUGAAAUAGCAAAUGAGACUGAAAACGAAGUUGAAAAAGUUGAAAAAAGUGAACUUGAAAAACCCGCUGAAGACACUCAAUGA